GGAAUGGAAGAGGCAGAGAGAAGAGAGAAUGUAGUUGUUGUGGUCUUUGAUUUUAUAGAAAGAAUUCUAAUCAAAAUCAAAACCAAAAAGGAACAUUAAAAUAUUCUUCAUAACAUUGUGCAUAAAUAAAUUAGAGAGAAAAAAGAAAAGAAAAAAAGUGUUAUUAUGGAGAAAAACAUAGCUUCGAUUAUAGUUUCUUCUGCAUUGUUGUUUUUCUUGUUUUUUUCAACAUCUGAUGCUAUAUGGAUCACCUUGCCUGGUCCAUCAGGUAUGAAAUGUGUUUCUGAGGAAAUUCAGAAUAACGUCGUCGUUUUGGCUGAUUAUCUUGUUAUUCAGGCUGAUCAAUCCUAUCAUCCCACUAUUUCUGUCAAGGUGACCUCGCCUUAUGGGAACGCUUUUCAUCAUAGUGAGAAUGUUACGGUUGGUAAUUUUGCAUUUACAACUCAAGAGAGUGGGAGCUACCUAGCAUGCUUUUCGGUUCUACACAACCCUGGAGGUGGAGAGGUCCAGAUGAACCUUGAUUGGAAAAUUGGAGUUGCAGCCAAAGAUUGGGAUUCAGUUGCUAGAAAAGACAAGAUUGAGGGAGUAGAGCUUGAGUUGAAAAAGCUAGAAGGAUCAGUGGAAGCUAUCCAUGAGAAUUUGGUCUAUCUUAAGGGCAGAGAAGCAGAGAUGAGGACAGUGAGUGAGACAACAAAUUCAAGAGUGGCAUGGUUUAGUUUUAUGUCCUUGGGCAUCUGCAUUGCAGUUUCAGUGUUGCAGUUGUGGCAUUUGAAAAGAUAUUUCCUCAAGAAGAAGCUUAUUUAGAUUCUGAUACUGUUACUUCAAUUUUGUCAUUCUUUUGUAUAUUGUACAUAAAGAGUACUUUAAAGAAAUUUGCCAUAAUAGGCCAAAGCCAAUGAAAUAUUUAUGAGAUGCAACUACAUAUUGGAUUA